AUGGCAACACAAUACGAGAUCGAGCACAAUGUGCAGUUUCGCGAACCCCGCCGCGGCCGCCGCGUCGAUAUGGCCUCCUUCUUCUCCCUCCUAGACCAGAUCAGCGGCGAUCCUUCGUCAAGCGGGCGGGACGGCGGUAACACGACCGGUCCCCGCCAGCACCGGCAGAACAACCCUCACGCGACCCCGACGCCCGUCGACUCGGCCGCCCUGUUCCGCAUGCUGCAGGAUCAGCUGCUGACCCUGCAGAGCACGGCCCCGACCGACGGCAACCGCGAGUUCCUCGAGCAGCUCAUCUCCUCCCUCGAGGGCGACAUCAACGACCCGCCGCCGACCCUGCGAGGCGUGAGCCAGGAGUUCGUCGACACCCUGGACCGCGUGCCCCGCAGGCGCCUGGCCGCCGACGACGACUGCGCCAUCUGCAAGGUGCCCUACCUCGAGGACCACUAA